AACUUGAUUAGAUCUAGAAAAACAUUGGUCGGUCCAAUCAAGAAGACCUGGGCCUAAAUCACUUCCCUGCUUUCCUAUUCCGAACUGAAAUCAAAAUUAGCUGUUGGCAAAGAUAUUACAGAAUUACUUUCCAUAAAAAUUGAAGCAGAUCAAUAUUUAAUUUCUCUUCAAUUCAAUUCAUUAUUACAAAUUUACAAUUACCCAAUUAAUAUAAUUCCUCAAAUCAAAAUUUACCCGUUAUACGAAGAACAUGUCUCGACCCAGAAAAGCUUCUCUGCCUCCUGCUCUUCAGAGUAUUGAGAAGUUGCAGAAAGUUAUUGAUGGAGGGAAUUUUUAUGGAGCUCAGCAGAUGUACAAGUCUACUAGUGCUAGAUACAUAGCUGCUGAGAGGUACUAUGAAGCAUUGGAUAUCCUUGAGUCAGGUGCCUGUCUCCAAUUGAAACAUGAUCAGGUUACUUGUGGUGCUGAGCUGGCAUUGUUGUUCGUAGAGACACUUGUGAAAGGAAAAUUUCCUUACAAUGACGACCUGCUUGACCGUCUCAGGAAAAUCUACGAGGCAUUUCCUCGAAAUGCUGUACCGGACCAUGUUGGAGAUGAUGAUGACAUGCAAAAGCUUUCCGAAGCUUUGGGAGCAGCUAAAAUACGUGUGGAGGCAUGCGCUUCUUUUCUGAGGGCUGCUAUCAGGUGGUCUAUUGAACUUGGACCUGACAGAAAUGGUUCUCGGGAGCUACAUACUAUGCUUGCAGAGUACAUAUAUUCCGAGACACCUGAGGUGGACAUGGCCAAAGUAUCAUUCCAUUUUGUUCGUGGGAAUAGUCCAAAGAAAUUUGCUGAUACACUCGUAGAUUUCAUGGAGAAGUGUUACCCAGGAGAAGAUGAUUUGGCCAUUGCUCGUGCUGUUCUUAUGUAUCUAGCUCUAGGUAAUAUGAGAGAUGCAAACUAUGUUCUGAAUGAGGUCAAGAAGCAGGCAGAAUCUAAAGAAUUAGAUUUUCCAGACUCGGAUCUUAUGCAAUUUAUCAAUUAUCUCUUGCAAACGUUGGAAAGGGAUGCUUUGCCUCUAUUUAGAAUGUUGAGGCAGAGUUACAAGUCUAGCAUUGAUAUAGAUCCUGCAUUUAAUGAGUUCCUAGAUGAGAUAGCGGAGAAGUUUUAUGGAGUACGACGCAAAAAUCCCAUGCAAGGGAUGUUCGGGGAUAUCUUCAAGAUGAUGGGAGAUAUGUGACAUUAUUGAUUGAUCAGGCUGUAAUGCUGAUCGUGUUGUUUAUUGUAUCAUUAGAAUCAUAGGUGGCUGCUCGAAAAAUUAUGACAUUAUUUUGUAUCAAUAACAAUCUCUUUCAAAGUAACAGCUAGUCAUUCAAUAUGUUAUUAUAAAAUUUUGUUGGUACAAUUUCUGGUAUUUUGUUUUCUGUUAUUAACCAAUAAUCUGUGUUCAACUUCCUUUGCAUAGUAAAAAUUUUAUUUUAUUUUU